AUGCUGAGACCCUGCAGACUGCUGCUGUGGCAGGUGGCUCUUAGGUUCUCUUAUGUUGUUUCAGCCAGUCUGUGUCUGGGGGGGUCGGACAUUUUUGCGUCGGUCAAAGAGAACAGUCCGAUGGGUCAGUUCAUCUCUAACAUCAGUAUCAGUGGAGAUCCAGGAGCUAACACCAUCAGACUUUGUCUGACCGGAGACAAUGCCAACUGGUUCUACUUAGAAGGUCGAACCAUCAGACUCAACACCUCGGUCUCCAGAGUUCUUGACAGAGAGGUUCAGGGAUCAGUGCUGAUAGCAGAGCUGACCUGUUAUGAGGAUGAUGUCAUUCAGAGUCAGUACAGGAUCCUGGUGGAGAUUGUGAAUGAAAACGACAACAGACCAAACUUCCUGCAGGACACUAUUCAACCUUUCACAUUCAGUGAGCUGACAGCAGUGAAUUCUGUUGUUUUCACCGUAAAGGCAGUUGAUGCCGAUGGCGACAUGAUCAGUUAUAUCAUCGAUCAAUCAUCACCGGAUGCCUCAUUCUUCAGGAUCGAUCUACCCAACAGUGGAAACAUCGUUCUGAACAAACCUCUGGACUAUGAGACCAGAACUCACCUGGAGCUCAUCAUCUGGGCCCAGGAAUCGAACACUGCGGAGAAUUUCAACACAUCUGCUGUUUUAACUGUGAACAUCGAGGAUGGAGAUGACCAGUAUCCUCACUUCCUGCCCUGUACACCUGUCUCUCCAGGUGUUCCUGUCUGUAUGAACCCCACCUACACCGCCAACAUCACACAGAAACACAAGGAUGUUGUUCUGGAAUUUUCUCCUGGUCCAAUCAGAGCAGAAGAUGGAGACAGAGGGAUCGACACCCCUCUGAUCUACAACAUCCUGUCAGGUGAUGAUCAGGGUAGGUUUGUGAUCAACAACAGGACCGGUGAGCUCAGGUUAACCCGAGCUGUGGACGACCGACGACUGACGCCAAACUUCACGCUCAACGUCAUGGUGUGUCAGGUGGACGACAGGCUGAAGUACAGUGUGGCGUCGGUUGUAGUCAGAGUUCUCUAUGAGAACAUGUUCCCUCCGGUUUUCAACAGAACCAUCUAUAAAGGUUUCAUCAUCCAGAGCUCUAGCCCUGCAUCCAUCGUCUCCACCUAUGGGAACCAGGUGUUACAGGUCCAAGUGUCAGACCGCGACUUCUCUGACGGCCUGAAUCCAAACAUCCACUACUCCCUCCAUCCUCCGUCUGGACUGUACCAAGUCACCCAUAGGGGGGUUCUGAUCGCUAGGACGGACCAGUUGCAUGCCUUCGACAGAAACAUACUACAGGUUGUAGCCAGAGAUGAAGAAUCAGGAGAAGAAGUUUCAGCUUCAGUGGAUAUUGAAGUCCUGCAGAGAGGACAAGCAGCCUACAUCAGUGCAGUGGAAGUGAGCUCCAGUCGACCUGUUUUCUCUCUGGAGGACCCUUCAUACAACACCAGAGCUUUCAGUCAAAACUUUGCGUCUUCUUCACAGUCAGAGAGUCUACAUGGCAGACAGGGAGUCUACACCAGAAGACUCUCUCUGCUUUACCCUCCAUCAUCAUCAUCAUCAUCAAACCCCAUGAGUGAGCAGCAGCUGCAGGUGUCAGACUGA